AUGCCACCCACAAUGCCUCAUCCGGACGGGGACACCUCUCCUUGUCAAGACUACAUAGACCGGGUCGUAGCACCGAAAUUCGAUCCUUUUGCGACCACCGCUAGUGGUGCUGAUGAUCAGGAGUCCGAUCAUAACGGCACAACCAAUAUUGACCACAGUAGUGCCCACACUACCACUUCUUGGUCCCUCCCUGGGAUUAGCCCGGACAGGACCUUCAGCGGUCCCGGCACUUCGAAUCCCCUUGUGCUACCCUUUGGCACUAUUCACAAUUAUGACGAGUGUACCAGUACCAGCUCAUAUACCUCGAACUGCCCCAUGAGCGCCUGCAUUGAUCCGAGUGCCUAUGCUGAAACAAAGAACGAUUAUCCUAUGGACGAGGUCGCCCAUGAGGAUUCCACCCCGGCCUUCCAAUCUGAAUCUCUCUCGCCGGGGAAUAUCGACGAUCAUGAGGAGGGCGCCGUCUCAUGUACCCCUGAUUUGGCCGCGAGUGCCUGCAUUGGUCAGAGUGCCGUUCCUGAAACAACCGACAACCAUCCUAUGGACGAUGUCGCCCAUCAGAAUCCCACCAAUGGCUUGCAAUCCGUGUCUCCCUCGCAGGGGGGGCACCAUGAAACAAGCCAUGAACCAGCGUAUGAACCACGUCUUCAUGUCCGAAAUAAUUGA